GCCUGAACGAGUCUGCAGGCAGCUUCCGGUGUGGGUGACGAACGGUGGCUGAAACAGGGGGACCUUAAGGGACACUCAGGCAGAAACCAUGGCAGACGGCGGCUCAGAGCGGGCUGAUGGGCGCAUCGUCAAGAUGGAGGUGGACUACAGCGCCACCGUGGAUCAGCGCCUGCCGGAGUGCGAGAAGCUGGCCAAGGAAGGAAGACUUCAAGAAGUCAUUGAAACCCUUCUCUCUUUGGAAAAACAGACCCGUACAGCUUCUGAUAUGGUGUCGACAUCCCGUAUCUUAGUUGCGAUAGUGAAGAUGUGCUAUGAGGCUAAAGAAUGGGAUUUGCUAAAUGAAAAUAUUAUGCUUUUGUCAAAAAGACGGAGUCAGUUAAAACAAGCUGUUGCAAAAAUGGUUCAACAGUGCUGUACUUACGUUGAGGAAAUCACAGACCUCCCAGUCAAACUUCGAUUAAUUGAUACUCUGCGAAUGGUUACAGAAGGAAAGAUUUAUGUUGAAAUUGAACGUGCUCGACUGACUAAAACAUUAGCAACUAUAAAAGAACAAAAUGGUGACGUGAAAGAGGCAGCUUGCAUUUUACAAGAGUUACAGGUGGAAACCUAUGGAUCAAUGGAAAAGAAAGAGCGAGUGGAGUUUAUUUUGGAACAAAUGAGGCUCUGCCUAGCAGUGAAGGAUUACAUUCGUACCCAGAUCAUCAGCAAGAAAAUUAAUACCAAAUUUUUCCAGGAAGAAAAUACAGAGAAAUUAAAAUUGAAAUAUUAUAACUUAAUGAUCCAGCUGGAUCAACAUGAGGGAUCUUAUUUGUCUAUUUGUAAGCACUACAGAGCAAUCUAUGACACUCCCUGUAUACAGGCAGAAAGUGAAAAGUGGCAACAGGCUCUGAAAAGUGUUGUUCUUUAUGUUAUCCUGGCUCCUUUUGACAAUGAACAGUCAGAUUUGGUUCACCGAAUAAGUGGUGACAAGAAGUUGGAAGAAAUUCCCAAAUACAAGGACCUUUUAAAGCUUUUUACCACAAUGGAGUUGAUGCGUUGGUCCACACUUGUUGAGGACUAUGGAAUGGAAUUAAGAAAAGGUUCUCGUGAAAGUCCAGCAACUGAUGUUUUUGGCUCUACAGAGGAAGGUGAAAAAAGGUGGAAAGACUUGAAGAACAGAGUUGUUGAACAUAAUAUUAGAAUAAUGGCCAAAUAUUAUACAAGGAUAACAAUGAAGAGGAUGGCACAGCUUCUGGAUCUGUCUGUUGAUGAGUCAGAGGCUUUUCUCUCAAAUCUAGUAGUUAACAAGACCAUCUUCGCUAAAGUAGACAGGUUGGCAGGAAUUAUCAACUUCCAGAGACCCAAGGAUCCAAAUAAUUUAUUAAAUGACUGGUCUCAGAAACUGAACUCAUUGAUGUCGCUAGUUAACAAAACUACACACCUCAUAGCCAAAGAGGAGAUGAUACAUAAUCUACAAUAAGGUCUGGAUGCCUUUAGUACUUUUAGAGAAGAGUAAAAAUUGAAAGUCGAAAGAAAGACUGUUAUCAUGGUGUAUAUGUUGGGUUUUUCCUUCUAUUCUCAGUUUCUUUGUCUAAAAAUUAAAAGAUAGUGAAUAUGUUUGAGGCCCUUUUUUACCUUAAGUUCCCUUAUUUCAUUCAUUGUUUAACUUUGUGUUGGUAGUUGGUGCAAAAAUAUAAUACCAUUUUUAUUGUUCGACUCAAGAAAUUGUGUCAUAACUUACCCAGAUAUGUUUUUCUAUUAUUUGACACUUUUUUUAGCUAUUACUUGUUUUCAUUCAGCUAACAAGCAUAAUUAUAAUAAAAGCAGUAUGUACACGUUUUUCUUUUUAUGGUUACCUCUGUUUUCUGAGCAUUUCAUUGGGUAGUGAUUUGGCAAGUGUUUUUUUAAAUAAAAUAAAUCCUGUUGUAAAGCUGUCAGUUACUAAGUAGAAUAAAAAAGCAGCGUGGAAUAUAACAAGAACAUUUGGGGUGGAGUUGUGAUUUAUGAAGAAUUUGUAUUUUGGUAUUGUGCCAGAAGUAUCUAGGCUGAAUGUAUUAGUGCUCCAGUAGGCUAUGGACCUAGUCCCCCCCGCCCCCGGUCAAGCUGGUUUCAAUCAUAAUAGUUUGACUUUUUUUUGUUAACCUCCCUCCCCUGAUUUGACCAGUUGCUUACCAAAAUCAAAUGGCAUCAUGUUGACACAGGCUGUUAGGUGUUAACUGCUGUCUGUAUGGUUAGUGACUUUUUUUGGUUUGGGCUCUUCUAUGUGUUUUUCUCUUUUAUUGUUUUAAAUUUAGCACAGAGAGUUGUUUUUUAUAAGACUUUUUGGAGUAAGCCUUAUAACAAGCACACUUAUGAGUUAUUUACCAAUUUCUUAGUGUUACAAAAAAGAAUCCACUAGCAUAGGCAUUGACUUAUAGGUUUAUUACAUCAUUAAUACUCCAAAUUUAUUGUCUCUCUAUAGGAACUUUAGUUCUGUUAUAUGAAGGCUGGAUAACCUGUUUAAAAUGCUUUAAAAAUGGUAAAAAAGAAAAACUUCAGCCCACCCUCAUAGCAAAUAAUAUAAUAUUAAACUUUUUUUUCACCAAAUUAAAACAAAUAAAAAUAGUUCUACUGUCAAAAGAAACAUCUGAGAUCAGUUAGUGUGAGCAAAUUUGGGAAGUGUUUUUUUAUUUGAUCUAUUUCAGAGAAAAUACAAAAAUGAAACAGUGUUAGAAGGUUAUUUAAAAUAUUUAAACCAAGAAAGUGUGAGGUCUACUUUUCAAAAAAAAAAACAAAUGAAGAGGGGGAAAAAAAACAAGUUAGCAUUUUAGAAAACACCAUGUCUCAUAAUUCAUUUUCCAUUUAAUGAUCACUAAAUUGUCCUAGUUCAUGAUCCUAGGGCUGGGGACAGUUGUGGGACUUCUAUAAUACUUAUGCUGUGAGUCAUUGUGAAUAGAGACACAUAAUAUUAAAGUAAUCUAAUUUUCUUCUUUGGAAACUUAAUGCAAUGAUAACAUUAAUAACAUUAACAUCUGUUAUCACUUAUCUUUAAAAAACUAACCAAAAAUAUGGCAAGUUCAGAAACAUCAGAAUUUCACACUAACAGUAAGAAUAUGGUUUUAAUUUUCUUUGGAAUGAAAAAGAAAAUGAAAUAAUAUUUUUAAUUUGUAAAUAAAGUUGGAGCUAAUUUGAAUCUAGCUUCUCAUUACCUUCAUCUUUCUGGCUACUUACUCCUUUGGAUUUGCCGAACCUGGACUAUUUGGCCAAAUAUAAUGCUGUAGAUCUAAUACGCCCCUUCUCUUUGGUCUUUAUUUACCACUUUGACUUUCAGAUGGAAGUUCUUUGUGUAUCCUGAUUUGGUGCCAUUUGUAACUGUCCCAGUGCCCAAAUCUCAGUUGACUUGAUUAGCUGUUAAUGUACUUCUUGUUUUAUUUCUGUCAAACAUUAAUCGAGCAAGCUUAUGAGUUUUUACCAGUUUCUUAGUAUUCUUUAAAAGAACCUAAAUGAAUCCCGUCUUACAUUUCAAACUUAAAACUGGCAUUCAUGGAAAGGAUAGAACCCCUUUGUUUUAAAUAUGGAGAAGAUAAUACUUGAUUCAUUAACAUUUUUGUUAGUGUACUAACAGCAAGAGAAGCGAUGAACCUUUGUGAGGUUUUUUUUUUUUUUAAAUAUAGCAACUUUACUGAGCCUUUUCCAUAUAAUUUAUGUUUUUAUUUUAGAGGUCAAUCAGUAGUUGUUUCUGUAAUUCUCAAUUUCCAUAUACUUGUUGCUAAAUCAUUGAAAAAAGUUUUCUUUAAAAUUAUACAGUUUCAAUCUUUUGUAAGUGUUAAAUGUAUGAUAAAAGCACAUAUUUUAAAUUGUUUUAAGCUCCUGGAUAUCGUAGCAAUAAAAACACUAAUUUAUGGGUACUUAAGAAAAUUUGGAGAAUAAACUCAUACUUUAAAAAG